AUUUCCUGUGAAAGAAAGUGAAUGAACAAAUAUUCAAUACAUUUGAUUGAAAUGAACAAUGAAGCGUCCAACAUAUUUAUGACUUUAAAAUCGUAUUUGUAUUGUAGAGAUUAAAACGCUUUGGAUUUAUCUGCAGUUUAAAUGCAUUUUAUUUGGUUUAACUUUUAAUACAUUCAAACAUACAAAAGCUAUAUCACAUUAAUAUUACAUUAUUUAAUGCCUUCAAAAAGGCAUUGUAUGCUUUCCUUAAAUAUUGCAAGCCAUGGAUUUAGAAGCUUCUAUAGUGGAUCGGUUACAAAAACUAAGGCAGUGGCAAAUAGAACAACAAGAAAAGCUAUUAAAACAACAACAAAUGCAAAGAGAAGUUUUAAGCCAUGAGCAGGACCGUAUUUGCAAAGUACUUGGUUUGACAAUAGGUGAUCUUAAUGAUAUUAUAGAAAAUACAGAAAACAUGCAUGCUACGCAUGAGAUAAAGGUAGAUACAACAGAGCCAAUAUUAGAUGAAACUUCAGUUUUGCAAUGCAGUGUAGAAAAUUCUAAUAAUGCAUUUGAAAUGAUCGACAAAGGAGUAUCAACAAAUGCUAAUGCAUUGUGCGAAACUUGUGAAAAUGAAGAAACUAAGGAUUCAGAUCAUAUUUCUGCAAUCGUCGAUAAAAAUAAAAAUUCUGUAAAACGUUUUAAUUCUGGUAUAUUGUCACAAGGAGAAGAGUUAAGUAGCGAUUUAUUAAUAGAAGGGAUAAAACCACUAUCAUCGGAUAAUGUAGUUUCAAAUAGAUACAUUUCAGUUGAUGAUAUUCCUGUUCCCUCACCUAAAAAAGAUUUUCAGACAUUACUGGAAGAGAAAUUGAAAAGAGAAUUAGAAGCUAUGUCAAAUGUGUGCACUGAUGUAGAAACUAAACCAAAGAAACCAUUCCUUAAGAAAGGCCAAGGACUUUCGAGAUUUAAGAUUUCUAAAAAUUCAAAACAGUCAACAAUUACAAAGAAACAUAAUACAUUUUUGUCUUCUAAACCAUGUAUUAAUAAAAGUGAUAAAAGCAGGAAAUCUAUACAUAAAGAUGUAAUCUCCAAAUCUCCAAAUAAUUCUAUUAUAAGUGGAAAACGACAAUUAAAUUUAAAAACUGUUCCAUUACCAAGAAAUAAGAUCCUUAAUAAAACCGAAUAUAUUAGUCCAAGUAAACAAACUACAUAUAAUGUUACUUCUAAUCAAUCCAAACAUUUGCAAGAAAUGAAUAUGUUGGAUUUUGAUUCAAAGACAGAAAGAGAAUUGGAGGAGGUAAGGAUAUUUGAACUUUUAGAAGAAAAAGCGGAAAAUUCUAGUUUCUGUUCAACAUCAAGCACAGUCCUUGCAUUUUUGCAGCAGUCCACACCGUUUAAAAUAAAGAAGAGAUUAAAUUGUGCAAACAGUGAAGGCGAUGUCGUAGUAAGGCAGCAAAAUGACGAACAAACUAGCGAUAUAAUCGAGCAGAAAUCGAUGUCUCAGCGAUCUACACAUAUAGGAAAUUUAAAACCCAAGAUACAACAAUUUGAGCACUUUGGUAUUCGUAAACAUUCUCGUAAUUCCACCAUCAAGCCUUACUCGGAUACUAUAAAUGAUACUCAAGAGGAAAUACAGAAACAUUCAACAAUUGUCAAUCAAAUAUCACAAAAUAAUAGAGCAUAUACAGAUUAUUUAAAAAAUCAUGAGAUAGUAGCAUUGUCAUCAGAUAGCGAUGAAGAAGAAGAUAUUUCCAAAGGAAAUAAUGUAGCGAGCGAUGAUGAAGCGGGUGUAAAUCAUCGCGUUAGAUUCUCGGAAUAUAACGAAUAUAGAACUAUAGAUUCAACUGACGUGACAGAUAAAUCUCUCUUGAGAGAUCAAAUCAAGAAACAAGACUGGAAUGAUCAUUCCACUGAUUCAUCGGAAUUGUCUGACAUUGAAGAGAAAUUGCCGUUAAAUGAUGGAAAAAUGUCUCCCCUGAAAAUGACAAAUAGUGAAAAAGCAAUUGAUGCCUCAAGACGAUCAUUCUUGCAAGAAAAUAUAAUGAAAGAUUCAUAUUAUCGUCUAACGCAAGCUGUAAAUAUUCCUGAAGAAAAAAAUGCUUUGAAUUGUGAAAACGAAUUGCCAAACGAAAAUAUGUACGAUGAUAACGAGUCUACAAUAGUGGAAGAAAUUAUUCAAACAUCUGACGAAGAACAGUCAUCGACAUCAUCAUUAUUAUCAGAUACUCAUAGAGGACUGAAUACGCUAGAAAGAAAAGAAUAUGUACUAAGAAAUGAACUAGAAAAAAUAACAAUGGAGAAAAUAGAAAAAAUACAUUCGAAUGCGGAGGAGAUCGAUCAGCCAUACGAAGAUCGAACAAAUCGGAUGAAUGGUUUCGAAUCAGAACUUUUAAAAAGCCGUUUAUUAGAACUCGAAAGAGAAAUUGACAUAUUUCGAAAGGAAAGUGCAGCUCUGUUACUCCAACGUCGAAACCUACAAGAAGAUCAGACGAUAUUGCAUAAAAAAUAUGCGGAGAAGGAAAGAAAUUUUGAGGAAAACAAAAGAAGAAUAGAAAACCGAUUAGAAGAAGAAAAAAAGAGACUGGCACGCGAGAGAAUGGCAAUGGAGAAUAGAAUUCGCGAUGCUCAAGAGAAGGCGAGACAAAAUAAAAUAGAAAGACAGAAGGUGGAAAGCUUGGAAGAGCAAUUGGAAAAAUUGAGGGACGAACUGAAUAUCAGGGAGAGUAGGUGGAAUGCCGCCGAAUCGAGGUAUAAAAGUGAGCUUCGCGUAUUACGAGUAGAAAUUUCAAAAUUGAAAGAAGAAAUCGCGACUUUGCAGAACAUUAAAAAAACAAAUAUCAAAAAUAUCAGGAAGAGCACAAGUGGACAAAUGAUUACAAAAGCUAUCAACCAAAUUAAUAAACGUAUCAUUGCGGCUCCGUCCAAAGAGCUUCCAACGAAGGCGUCUCAAGAUUUAUCAGAUACUUCUCCGGAUGCUUCUACUCACGACGAUGAUGAUGAAGAUAAAAACAGAAGCAAAUCAAUAGAAUCGAUUGUAAAAUCGGUUAAUGUAAAUGACGAUUUUGAACAAAUAAAGAAUAUAUCUGUAAAUAAUAAAGUAGAAUCUAAACGAGCCAAGAUUGGUUCACGGCCAAAAUGCAAUAAAACAUUCGAGGGGAAGAGUAGCGCGAAGAAAAAACAAUCUUUAUACGAAAAUUUAUUGAAAGACGCAACAUCGGAUCUUCUGGAAGAUCAAAAUUCGAUUUACAUUAAUCAAGAUACGAGUGAAUCGACAGAUACGCAAUUACGGAAUGCAAGGAACGAUGAAACAUCCGAUAAAAGUAACGAUAAAUCUCAACACAUGUCCACAAACGAGGACCUCAGAUGUACAAUGAUUUGCACUACAAGCAAUACAGAAAUACCGUUCUAUAGAUCACACGAAAUGAAUCAAAGUCCAUCAGAUAAAGAUAUAAGAUUGCCUGACAAGAGUUUAAACCCUUCACCAUGUCCCUCCUCUCUUCAUCAUCGGACUAGUGGAGGGAAUACUAAAGAUAUCGUAAAACAGAUUCAAUAUUCCGAUGGACAUAUAGAGUACUGGUAUCCGAACGGUAAUGUUAAAAAAGUCUUUCCCGAUCGAGAAGUUACAAAGAUGAUUUAUUACAAUGGAGAUGUUCGUGAGACUGACAAGGAUGGUAAAGUAAAAUAUUUCUACGCUACGACUCGGACAUGGCAUACGACGACUACUGAUGGCUUGGAAAUCUUAGAAUUUCCCGACGGACAAGUGGAGAAACGUGCAUCCGAUGGUACUGUUGAAGUAUCGUUUCCGGAUGGCGCUAUACGAGUAGCACAAGCGGAUGGUACGGAGAAAUGGUCCUUACCAGAUGGGACAGUAGCGCAAACCUUUAUUAAUGGCGAUAAAAUUCUGACUUUGUCGAAUGGCCAGAGAGAAAUUCACACGAAAGAGCAUAAGAGACGAGAGUAUCCCGAUGGUACUGUAAAGAUAGUGUAUGCGGAUGGUACUCAAGAAACACGAUAUUCCAGUGGGAGGAAACGAUUAAAAGAUAAAGACGGUAAUCUUUUAAUGGAUUCGUAUGAUAAUUAAGUUUUUCCAUUAAGGAUAUUUUUUAAUGGAUUUUAGCAGGAAUAUGGUAAAGUAAGGAAUCUCUCUAUAUUCUAAAAUUGUCGCAAAUGUCUCUGCUAUUCUGCAAUAUUUCAAUUACUUAUUUAUA